AUGGAGAAUGACUUCGGGGAAAUAGAACGUCAUCAGCCCUCGCCAGGAUAUGAGGAGUUGUUAGAAGUGGUGACUGUCCUGUUUCUCCUUUCCCUCACAUUCUGGUUUCCCCUGUGCCUCCUCUCUCUCUCUGUGUGUGUGCUCUCUCCCUCCCUGCUCCGGAGCCCGGCUGGCUACCCACACCUGCACCUCGUUUACCUCCAUCCCCGGCCGCCGCACCUGCCAGCCAUCAGCCUCAUCACUGCCAGUAUAUCAACCCCGGCUUUCCACUCCACCCUCGCUCGAUCGUCGCAGCUCUUGACCUGGUUCACUCACCUCUGCCUCCCAGCUCGGCCAGCCGGGCUCGCUCGCCUGCCUCCUCCUCUCGCCGCCUCCACGACACCCCCCCCCCGGCUUCUCCACUCGCACCCCGCCUGGCCCCCCGUCUCCGUGUCCUCACCUACCCGUCUGCCAGCCUCCCCCCUAGCCUCCAGCCUUGUGCCCUCCGUUCCUCCAGCUUCUCGGUUCCCCGAGUCCUCGUCUGCCUCUCCCCCUCCUUCCACCUGCCCUCGCCUCGAGCCUGUUUUUUCCUCAAUAAACCUCUUUUUCACCCUCAGCGUUGCGUUUGGGUCCGUUCUGUCUCCCACCGCCUCCUACUUGGUCAAAGGCCAGGACAGCGACCCUCCAACAAGUAAGAUCCAGUACACCAGAGACUUUCUGCUUGGAUUCAACAACUCUACGAACACCAGGCCACCUUCUGACUUGGUCUUCCCUAACCUGGAGGAGCUUGAUCAAGGUUCGGGGAAGAGAGGCUGCGCUGGCAUAACAUAA